AUGGCUUCCAAUUCAUGCAAACAAUGGACGAAAGGUACAUAUCUUGUAUCCACAGACCGCUCAGCACUUCAGCCACUAGCAAUCAACCAAGCCUUUGCCAGUGAUGACAUAGUCUGGACUAAGACAAUGGAUAUUAAGAUACUCCAGGCUAUGAUAGACAAUUCAAUAUGUUUCGGCCUCUACGACAAUACUUCAGAAUCAUCAACUCAAAUCGGCUUCGCCCGUCUGAUAACCGAUCGCGUCUCUUUCGUCUACCUAACAGACGUUUAUGUGUUGCCUGCUUAUCAAAAGCAAGGUCUCGGAAGGUGGAUGAUCGUAUGUAUCAGAGAAUACUUAGAAGAAUGGGAGACUCUGAAAAGAAUCAUGUUUAUCAAUAUCGGAAAAGGUGAUUGGUAUAGGGAGUGCUUCAGGGAUUUCAAGGGUGUUGGGGUCAGGCCUUGGGAUGAGAAUGUGAAUGGUGCUAGUACCAAGGUAUGGACAAAUGGUAUGAAGAAGGAGGAUGGGGCACAGAUACCGGAUAUGAAUGAGCCAAAGAUGAAAAGGUUUUCACAACACGAAGGUCAUGAGGGGGCAGUUUCAAAUAACACCGGUAAUCAUGAAGCAAGCUAA